AUGGCCGAUACUUCCAAGGAAGAUCUUCUGGAGUUGAUCAAGCGUGUCGGAGCUUUUAUCUCCCUCAAGUUUUCUGAUCUCUUUCACCAACUGGAUUCGCGGUCUGUUGGGGCAAUUGCAGGGUUAGCGUCUGCAAUAAUUUUUACUUGGAGACUAUUGCGAAGACCUAAUGCAACUCAAACAAGGCAACCUAAAAGGCAAGGCCCAACAUCUAGUGGUUCCUUUGUUGGUACUCAAGAAAGCAUAGAUGCCUCAUCCUCCAGGGUUAACAAUCCUUCAGAAGAUUCUAGAACCCAGGAUGUGAUUGACAAGUUCUUUCAGCCCGUGAAGCCAACUCUGGGGCAAAUUGUUCGGCAAAGGUUGUGUGAAGGAAGGAAGGUAACAUGUCAGUUGGUCGGAGUUAUUCUUGAGGAAAGCAGCCCUGAGGAACUGCAGAAGCAAGCAACUGUCAGGUCAUCUGUUCUAGAGGUUCUACUUGAGAUCACUAAGUUUUGUGAUCUUUAUCUUAUGGAAAGAGUGCUGGAUGAUGACAGCGAAAAGAACAUUCUUACAGCUUUAGAAGAUGCUGGAGUUUUUACGUCUGGUGGGCUAGUCAAAGAUAAGGUAGUUCUUUUCUGCAGCACAGAAAAUGGGCGAAUGUCAUUUGUAAGACAACUAGAACCCGAUUGGCACAUAGACUCCAAUCCUGAAAUUGUUACCCAGUUAGCCAGAUUCAUCAAGUAUCAGCUUCACGUCUCACCAGUCAAGCUCGAAAAGCCUGCCCCCAAUGUCUUCUCAGCAACAUCCUUGGAACAAUUCUUUGGAUGCGCCUAA